AUGGCUACAUCUAAGCAACAGUUUAACAGAAAGAAAUUCACCAAAGAGUAUAAGGUAAAACAAAUCCAAAAAAAUAUUACAAAGAGAACUAGAUUGAAAAAACAAUAUUUAAAAGCUUUAAAAGAAGAAGGUUAUUCUAUUCCAUCCAAAGAGCAAUUAAGUAACAGCAAAAAAAGUGAUCUCAAUGACAAUGAUGAUAUUUUGAAUCCCAAUAAUGAUACAGUAUCUAUUCCUAUCAGAAAGAAAAGUGUAAAAGAUUUAAAAGAAGAGAAAAGAUUAGCUGGUAAAGCCAAAAUCGAUGAAAAGAAACGUUUAAAGAAGGAAAGACUCAAAAAACAAAGAGAAGAAAGAGAGAUGCGUCGACAGAAAGAAUUAGAAAGAAUAAAAUUAUCCAAAGAAAAACAUUUGCAAAGAGAAAAGAGAAGUAAAAGAUUGACACAAAAAACCAGAACUGGGCAACCUUUGAUGGGACCAAAAAUAUCUGAUUUAUUGGAAAGAAUCAAAAAGGAUGACGUAUAUACAAAGUAG